GUGCUGAUGAUAGGAAUAACCAUUUCUCCUCUAUUUUGUUAGCAUAUCUGCUACUCUUUUUUCUAGUGGUUCAUAAAAUAGUUACCUGUCAGCUCUUAGAAUAAAAUGGUUUCUUGCGUUGAACAAGAAACUCCCUUACCUUCGAGAAGUCCUUACCAAGUCAAUAAUCCCGAAGAAAGUUUUACCACAAAUUCACAAAUUACAACUGUGGAUAAAGAGUCCGACUUCGUCGUUUUUGGCCAAGAUCACGGAGACUGUAAAGCUGAAAGCAAUGAAGCUUUGGAACCCGCCGAUGAGUUUAUUCCUUUAGGUACUUCAGAACUUGAGAACGGAGACUCUACUAGUUAUUCCGCUAAUUACGAAAGAAAUCAGCGAGUUUGUUUUCGUUGUGGUGAGCCUGAUCACGUGAAGAAGGACUGCAAAGCGAGCUUUACCGAAGCAGCUCGGUUUAAGAGAAAAUCUGAAGAGCAACUACGGACUGCCCAUCGGGAGCUCAGCCUCGUGUAUAAGGGGAGGGUCCCUUGGCUUCAGUAUCGCCGCUUGCUUCAGGGAAAUGACAUAGGGGCUGUCGCCUACGAGUCCUCCGUAGUUGGUCUCCAUGAAGAGAUUUUAGAUUUUAUGGAGUACAUGUCUCCUCUCGAAGAAGAGAGAGCGCUACGCCAGGAUUUAAUAGACCGCAUCACUGUCAUUAUUAAUAGCGUAUGGCCUAAAGCUAUUGUGAAAGUUUUUGGAUCGUUUCCUUGCGGGUUGUACACACCGUCGUCGGACAUCGACCUCGUGGUUCUCGGCCAAUGGCCAAAGAGCCCACUCUUCUCGCUGGCGCAACUUUUGGAGCAACACAUGGAGCUGAGCAAAGUGCAGGUCAUUCCCAAAGCACGUGUCCCUAUUGUCAAAAUCACUGAUGCGCUCACAAAAGUGGAGGUUGACAUCUCGUUUAAUAUGGACAGCGGGCCAUCCACCGCCGCUCUGAUCCAGAAGCACGUCGCUGAUUUCCCCGUGUUGCUGCCGCUGACGUUCGUCGUCAAGCACUUUUUGGUGCAACGCAGUCUUAACGAAGUCUACACGGGCGGCUUGAAUUCGUACGGGAUCAUCUCGAUGAUCAUUUCCUUCCUUCAACUUCAUCCGAGAAUCGACACGCCAAAGUCACUGGACGACGUCAACUUGGGAGUCCUGCUGAUCGAAUUUUUCGAGUUGUACGGCAAGAACUUUAAUUAUGAAGUGGUUGGCAUUUCUUUGCUAAAUGGCGGCUCCUAUUUCAAUAAAUGGGUUGCGUCGUGGGAUAAAUCUCCCUUUUCCAUUCGCGAUCCUCUCGAUGAGGCCAACGAUGUCACGUGCCGAAGCAGCAACAUGAAGCGCAUCAGAAUUGCAUUUGCUCAUGCUUAUGCCGUUUUAGUAUCUAAACUUUUGAACCGCGGCCUCCAUCCGAGCCUGACCACGUUGUCCUCCAUCGUGAAUAUCCAUCCCGAAGCUAUACUAGCGCGACGCAAUGCUUUAUACAACUGGCUUCAGCGUGGAAAAACUUUGUCGAGGCCUGAAGAUAUCGAGCAACUCCGGUUGCCUGUACGCCUCCUCCUGCAGACUUCCAUCCCUGCGGAGGACGGCCAUUUGCCAGCGCCGGAUGAAGUUAAAGCCGGCGGGAGUGACACUGAAGAGGUUGACGAGCUUACUAUUGCUGGUAACGAAUACACCGAGAGUGGCACUCUCAGCGAAGACAGCGAUGAAAAUAUCGACGACGACGGGUAUACAGAUAUCAAUUAUCAAGAAGUGGAUGGUAGUGGCAAUGCUGCAGCCCAGAACUCUCCUUGACUUGAAGUUGUUCCCCUCUGAAAAAAUAAAUCGAUAAGUACAAUGUGACUCUUUGGCCGGGCGAAAUUUUAAACCUUUUGCCGGAAAUUAUGAAGAUAAUGUAUAAUAAGCUUGGGCAACUUUUGCUUAGGUAAGUGGGAAGAACAGUAUAACGUA